UUAAUGCAUUUCCGGUUUAAGCGUUAAUUGUUGUUGUUGUCGCCGCAGAAAUUAAGAAAUAUGGACAAAAGAUCAGGAAACGUACCUGGCUUACCUCCAGGAUGGUCAAGGGAAGAAUGUGUAAGACAGUGUGGUUUGUCGGCUGGAAAAACAGAUGUGUUCUAUAUAAGCCCAGAUGGAGUUAAAAUUAGAAGCAAGCCCCACUUAUCUCGUUACCUUGGCGAGGCAUUUGAUCUAAGUUCAUUUGACUUUAGGACAGGAAAAAUCAUCAGUAGUUCUCAUAGAAAAAGUAAGCGCCACAAAGGAUCAUCAUAUGACUAUGCCAGAGGGAUCAGACAGGACGCCAACCUUGCAUUGCCAAUUCGUCAGACAGCUUCAAUAUUUAAACAGCCUGUGACAGUGAUCAGGAACCAUCCCGACAGUGCAACUAAGUCAGAUCUCAAACAUGGCCCUCAAGAACCCCCACGACAGUUAUUUUGGGAGAAGAGACUUCAGGGCCUUCGAGCGUGUGACAGUACUGAAGAACUUAUUCAAAGCUUAGAACUCCCUAAAACUGUUCUAGGGAUAGGACCAGAGUUGACAACAGAGAAUAUACUACAGAGUAUAUCAGCAGCACUUCAUCUUGGAGCUGUCCCUAUCAUAGGUCAGCAUAGUAACAAGAAUCUGGUACAGAAAAAUCCAGGUGUUCACAUGGAUGUUAACCAACCACAUAUUCAGCAACUUAUUGUAUCAGAUGAGGAUAUAAAGAAACAAGAGUCUAAAGUGAAUGAGGCUAGACGUAAACUACAAGAGGUGAUGAAAACAUGAAGAAUCAUAAACAGGCAGAUGAAUAAAGUGAUGUGAUGUGCCACAUCAAAUUUUGACCUGGUGUAGCUUACCUUUGAGACAUAGGGAGAUGUGUAAUAGUGAACAUUUUGUACAGACGUAUUAUGUGAAUGUUAUACUUGUACAUACAUCAUGAUGUCAUAAAACAUGGUCUCAAACUCAUGUCUUCAUGUAGAAAUGGUUUGUGAAUAGAAU